CGUAGUAUGGUUUAAUAACUGGUACUAAUAAAGGUGGCCCGGACAACGUUGUCUCCGUUUGUCGCAGCACCGCGGCGUAGCGAUUUAGGCAGCGACUGGUAAUAUUUUGUCGGGGCCAUGCUCCAGCAGCAGCAGGAAAGCGGGAACCCUUGGAUGGCGCCCGACGACCCCGGGGCGGCGCACGCGGCGCCCGAGCUCGCCGCGCUGCUCGCAGCCCGCGAGGACGAGCUCCGGGCCGUCGAGGCGUCGGCCGCGGCGAGGACCUUGGACACCAAGGUCAGGGCCAAGCAGUUCUUCGACGACGUCGUCGAGAAGAUGCGCGCCGGCGCGCGGCAGGCCGAGGCCCUCGAGCGCAACUACCGCGCCGCCGCGGCGCAGCGCGACGCGGCCGCGGCGCGCGCGGACAAGCUCGAGGCGCGGGCCGCGAAGCUGGACGCGCGCGCGGCCGCCGCCGAGCGGCAGCGCGACGCGUCGAGGCGCGACGCCGCGGCGCUCGGCGACGGCAUCCGGCACCUGCGCGACGAGCUGGACGAGAGCCGCGCGCGGCUCGCGGCCGCGCGCGACGCCGAGGCGGCGGCGGCGGAGCUCGUGCGGGCCGGCGCCGCGGAGCGCGACGCCGCGCGCGCCGAAUUUCUGCGGGAGCGCGACGACCACGCGGCGGCGCGCGACGCGCUCGCGCGGCGCGUCGCGGCGCUGGAGGCCGAGAACGCCGAACUGCGGGACCGGCUCAGGACGACGGCCGAGGCGGAGCAAGCCGCCCGCGACAAGCUGGCCGACAAGGAGAAGCUCGCGAACGAGCACCGCGGACGAGCCUACGUCCUCGAGGAGGAGCUGAAGAAGCAACGCAAAAAGGUCGACGAAUGCGUCCUGGAGGAGCGGCGCCGCGGCGAAGAGGAGCGGGCGAGGGGCGAGCGCGAACGCGUCGCGCGCCGCGCGGGUCCUCGAGGCGCCUUCCGCUCAAGUCGCCGCGUCGCGCGCGCCGGCCGGCGCUCCCCUCACGCAUAUCGACCGCGUCGCCCGUCGGGACCGAGAGCGGCCCCGCCCGCGGCCGCAUGGCAACGCGCGCGUUCCGACGCAGGCCGCGCGCGCCGAGGCCGACGCGCGGCGCGAGCGCCUCGACCUCGAGCGCGCCGAGGCGGAGGCGGCCGCGCGCGCCGAGUCGGAACGCCUCCACGCGGCCAAGCUGGAGGAGGACCUGGCGCGCGCGGCGGCGACCGAGACCCGCGCCAGGCUCGUGGCGGGCGUCGACUGCCGCAAGCACGGGCGCGCCGGCAACCCCAAGGCGCGGCGCUUGUUUCUCGACCCGCGCACCGACGAGCUCGCGUGGGGCCCGGCGGGCGCGAAGAAGUCCGGAAGUAAAGGUGCCGCGAAGCGAUUUCCGCUCGUCCGCGGCGUGCGGCUCGUGCGCGGCAAGACGACGGCCGUCUUCCGCCGCCAGGCGUCCGUCGACGCGUCGCCCAACGCGUGUCUCAGCCUCGUCGGCGACGGGCCCCGCGAGAGCCUGGACCUGGAACUCGACUCGAAGCAGCUUCGAGACACGCUGGCGACCGGCAUCGCGGCGCUCCUCGUCCGCUUGGACGCGCCGGCGACGGCGUGA